GACUCCGCCUCCGGGUGCCCCGCCCCGGCGCGCGCGCCCCGCACCCGCCUCCCUCCUGCGCUCACGGGAGCGCGCGCCUUGUGCUUCCCGCUUCGCUGCCCCACCCGCGGUCCCGCGGGCUCCGCCGGCCUUCCGGCUUCUCCGCCCGGGGCGGCCUAGCUUGGACACCUCCCUCUACCGGCGGGAAAAGCGUUGGGGACCCGACUCCGGAGAGUAGGAAGCUAGCAGGAUGUACUGUCUUCAUCACAGGCGCGAGCCGUGGCAUUGGCAAAGCUAUUGCUUUGAAAGCAGCAAAGGAUGGAGCAAAUAUAGUCAUUGCUGCAAAGACCGCCCAGGCACACCCCAAACUUGCAGGCACAAUCUAUAGUGCUGCUGAAGAAAUCAAAGCAGCUGGAGGAAAGGCCUUGCCAUGUGUUGUUGAUGUGAGAGAUGAACAGCAAAUCAGCAGUGCAGUGGAGAAAGCAGUCGAGAAAUUUGGAGGAAUUGAUAUUUUGGUGAAUAAUGCCAGUGCUAUUAGCUUGACCAACACACUGGAAACACCUACAAAGAAAGUGGAUUUGAUGAUGAACGUCAACACCAGAGGCACCUAUCUUACAUCUAAAGCAUGCAUUCCUUAUUUGAAAAAGAGUAAAAUUGCUCAUAUCCUCAAUCUCAGCCCACCGCUGAACCUAAAUCCACUGUGGUUCAAACAGCACUGUGCUUACACCAUUGCUAAGUAUGGUAUGUCUCUGUGUGUGCUUGGAAUGGCAGAAGAAUUUAAAGGUGAAAUUGCAGUCAAUGCAUUGUGGCCUAAAACAGCCAUACACACUGCUGCUAUGGAUAUGCUGGGAGGAUCUGGUAUCGAAAGCCAAUGUAGAAAAGUUGAUAUCAUUGCAGAUGCUGCAUAUUGCAUUUUCAAAAAGCCAAAAAGUUUUACUGGCAACUUUAUUAUUGAUGAAAAUAUCUUAAAAGAAGAAGGAAUAAAAAAUUUUGAUGUCUAUGCCAUUACACCAGGCCAUCCUUUGUUACCAGAUUUCUUCCUGGAUGAACAGCCAGUUAUAGUUACCAAGAAACCGGAAACACAUGGUGCUCUUCCAGAAUUGAAAGAAGAGGAGGCACAGCCACCACCAAAACCACGUUCUGGAGCUGUGGAAGGAACAUUUAGAAUUGUUAAGGACUCUCUCAGUGAUGAUGUUGUUAAAGCCACUCAAGCAAUCUAUCAGUUUGAACUCUCAGGUGAAGAUGGUGGAACAUGGUUUCUUGAUCUUAAAAGCAAGGGUGGCAAUGUCGGAUAUGGAGAGCCCUCUGAUCGGGCAGAUGUGGUGAUGAGUAUGUCUACUGAUGAUUUUGUAAAAAUGUUUUCAGGGAAACUAAAACCAACAAUAGCAUUCAUGUCAGGAAGAUUGAAGAUUAAAGGAAACAUGGCCCUAGCAAUCAAAUUGGAGAAACUAAUGAAUCAGAUGAAUGCCAGGCUGUGAAGAGAAAAAAAAUGUUGACCGCUAAGCUCAAAAAGUAAAAGGGUUCAAUAGUUAAAAUUGAAUGUUUGUUUUCAUCCCUAUUAUAAGGAUAUGCAUGUUUGUUCUGGAAAAAAUAGAAUUUCUGUAUCUGUAAGACUUGAAAUUGUAAUUAAAACAGCUAGCCAACCAAACAUAAGCAUCAUUAA